GAGAGAGAGAGAGAGAGAGAGAGAGAGAGAGAGAGAGAGAGAGAGAGAGAGAGAGAGAAGAGGGGAAGCUGUUGAUCCAUCCGGACUCUUUUUGAGACCACCUGAGUCAUUAACCGGAACAAGAAGGACUAUACUUUGGAGAAGAGGACUUGAAAGAAUAAUAACAAAAAACAAACAAAAAGAGCUUUUAUUUUUAUUUUUCCUAACCUCUUAUUUACCCCCUCUUCCUCCUCCAUCAGUUUUUUCUCUCCUGUUUUCAGUCUUUUCUGAUGCUUUUGAAUCAUCCCCUCGCAGCUCAGAGAGCCUUCUGUCUUCCGUGUGUCCGCGAGCGCAGAAAGCACGAGGCACCCUCCCCCCUCCCCUCCCCCCUCCUCCACCUCAGCGGUGGGAGCUGUCCGGUGCUGAAGUUGCAUUUUCUCCCUUUUUUUUCUCCCCCUCUGACAAGAACUGGACCGGGUCAGGCCGGCGCGGGGAGACUUUCUAAAGCCGGAUCAGUUCUAGAGAGACCUCCUGAAGACAAUCUUCUUCCGGUUGUGGUUCUGUGGACCCAUCGGCACGCUGGACAAGCCUCCGCCUGUGUGUCGCGUUUGUGUGCCGUUGUGUGUGUGUGAGUGUGUGUGAGUGUGUCACCACCAUGCCAAGGUCUUUCCUGGUGAAAAAGGUGAAACUGGAUGAUUUCUCCACCGGGGCGGAUUUGGAGCACGCCUACCGGCACCGGACGGACCUCAGCCUGCGGUUGCAUGACAAAGCUGCGUACAUCAGCGACUACAUCAGCCCUGUUGUGUACGAUGGCGAGARCGACGGCGGCAUCAAGGUGCCCUCGCCCGACCCCCUCUACGACGGCAUCCACAGCGACUACGGGGCUCCCGACUCCGAGUCUCCCGACAGCCCCGGCUCUGAAAUCACCGACGGCUACAUAAACGGCGACGCGGCGGUGAGCGAGGGGUACACGGUGGACGCCUUCUUCAUCACCGACGGCCGCUCGAGGCGGAAAGCCCUCGGCAGCCCCCGGAGUGUCCAGAGGCACACCUGCAACGAGUGCGGCAAGACCUACGCCACGUCUUCCAACCUGAGCCGGCACAAACAGACGCACCGCUCGCUGGACAGCAAGCUGGCCAAGAAGUGCCCCACCUGCGGGAAGGUGUACGUGUCCAUGCCCGCCAUGGCCAUGCACCUGCUCACGCACGACCUCAAGCACAAGUGCGACGUCUGCGGGAAGGCGUUCAGCCGGCCGUGGCUGCUGCAGGGACACAUGCGCUCCCACACGGGCGAGAAGCCGUUCGGCUGCGCCCACUGCGGCAAGGCCUUCGCCGACCGCUCGAACCUGCGCGCCCACAUGCAGACCCACUCGGCCUUCAAGCACUUCAAAUGCAAACGCUGCAACAAGACCUUCGCGCUCAAGAGCUACCUGAACAAGCACUACGAGUCCGCCUGCUUCAAAGGCCCCUUCUCUCCCCUCGGCCCGCUAGAUGCAUGACGAGCUCCCGAAAAGAUCAAACUGCAGACGUAAACAACCGUUCUCCUUAAAGACUGAACUGCAGACAGGAUAGUUUUGCUUUUCCCUCCUCGCCCUCUCCCACCUCUCCCCCACCUCGCCUUCCUUGGGAGCCUUUUCACAACGAUGAAGAUAGCACAAUUUUUCUUCUUGAGAUUUUCCCACUUAAGGAUUUAACUGAUCGACGCAUGCACUUCCUUAAAAAAAAAGACAAACAAAACAAAACAAACAAAAAAAAAAACCCUAAUCUCUUCUUCCUCUGCCUGCUCAGGACAGGGAUGUUAUAUUACCACAGCUUCCUCCUGGCACCUAUAGCUAUAGUACGACGGCGUAUAUUUUGGGACAUUGAUGACGAGAAUGAUUAUUACAAAGACAAUGGCAAACAUAUAGCUACUAGUUUUCUCCAUGCACUGAAAUGCAGUGAAAGAGUUUUUCAUUCUGAUUUUUGCUUUUAAUGGGCGGGGAAAUAAUAGUAAUAAUGAUGAUAAUAAUAAUAAUAGUAAUAACGCUCUGCUGCACAAAGUGACCAUAAUCUCUCCAAUACUGAGGUAAAAAAUACUAUUUAUUUAUUUAUUUAUUUGAGGGUAUUUUGGUUUUUUAAUUUGUUAYGUAUUUCUACCUGGUUUUAUAGCGUGAUGCUGUUUUUUUUGCACUUUAAGUUCUUCGUAAGUUUGUAGGAUUUUUUGCCAAUCUCUUUUUACCACUACAGGCCAAAGCAUAUGUCACUUUUUUGAGUAUUAGUUUCUUAUGUUUGUUUAUCUUCUUUUCCUAUUAACGUUAUUGCAUGCAAAAAUAAUAAUGAAACCUAUGCCAACAUCAUAAAAAGCUUAUGAUUUUUUUGCCAAAUUCCUAUAGAUAGAAUCUGAGGGCAAUAUUGUGUUUUUUUUUUUUUUUUUGUUGGAGCCUCCAUGGGACUCUUUUAAAGCAAUAAUCACCUAAUGCAUGGUAUUUUAUGAUGAAGUUAUGAAGUAUUACCUACUGUAUAGCAGUUUAAAAAUCAGGUAUGUUUUACUUCACCUAUAGUCAUAAACAGAAAAAUACUAAUGUUGAAGACAUCAGGGAACAUGCCAAUGUAGUGUUAGAAUAACAAAAAGAAAAGCCCUGUCUUUUCCUUUGUUAUGCACUGCCUGCCUCUUAGUGAGUAGAACUAAUAUAGGAUGUAGAGGCUGGGAUCAGCUGCCCACUGGGUGCGAGGCCUAUUGUAGGAGAAUACUCACAGCACACCGAUGCUAAUCAAACUCUGGCAUUAAACGAACCAGAGGCCUUUUUUUGGCAUUUCAAUGUUUCACUUUGGUUCGUACUUUUGUAAAAGUUUUCCAAAAUAACGAUUCGGCACUAAACUGCUGCCAACUUACUCCCCGUCUCAUGCAGUCAAAUACUGUCCCAUUUUAUUGUCCCUGAAAGUUUGCACAAACUAAAAAUGACAGGUAACAUCAAACCGUCAAUAGRCUCUCCCUGCAUAAAGUUUGGUGCAUUGCUCUAGUUGGACUGAGGUCAACUGCAACACCAUGCAUUAUUCAGCGAUCCCCUCCAGAGCACUUCCACACUGCAAAAAAUGCCCACCAACUUUUAAAAUCUUAUACCAGUCAAAGUCUUUUUGAUCUUG